AACUGUCGUCUGGUAGAGUCCGUCUAGUUGCCAGUUAUCAGUUCGACGGGACGGUUCUGAAAUCGCGCUCCGGUGGUCUGCUCAAGUAGGCCGAAAAAUUUACAAAUCUCCUCAGUUAGGAGAAAACAUUUUUGGGGGCCAACAAUUUCGGCUAACGAGCACAUUAUCAGCGGUCAUUCCCCAACAAGACUAAGUCCAACUACAAACAUUGCGAGAAAAAUAAGCUAUUUUUAACGGACAUCUUUCUACGGCUUCCUGUCCAUCAUCCGUCUCUCGUGACCGUCAAUCGAUAAUAACUACGCACGAGAUACUAUCUCCGGCAAAAUUUGGUACUAGCAAGUGUUAUACUAGGAACAGUUUUACCAAACUCGCGCAGGGAUGCUGUUGAAAAAAGUGUUAAGCUCGAAUCUAGUUCGACAGUGGGGAACUUCCGGAGGAGUUUUGCAGCGGCAGAUACUUCCGGCAGCAACGUUAGCUCGGCUUUAUUCCUGUAAUGGCAACGGCAAUCGGAAUCCAAAAAUUUUAAUCACAGGUGGACUUGGUCAGCUGGGGACGGAAUGCGCUAAGCUUCUUCGAGGCAACUAUGGACAGGAAAAUGUCAUCCUAUCGGAUAUCAUCAAACCGAGCGCGGAAAUUCUCAACCAAGGACCGUACAUCUUUGCCGAUAUCCUAGAUUUCAAGGGCCUUCAAAAAAUUGUGGUAGAUCAUCAGGUCGAUUGGAUCAUCCACUUUUCGGCACUGCUGAGCGCCAUCGGAGAGCAGAAUGUUCCACUGGCUGUAAGGGUCAACAUUGAAGGGUUGCACAACGUAAUCGAGCUGGCCAAACAGUACAAACUGAGAAUCUUUGUCCCAAGCACUAUCGGUGCCUUUGGACCGGACAGUCCAAGAAAUCCUACGCCAAACGUGACCAUCCAGAGACCGAAAACGAUCUACGGUGUAUCAAAAGUGCACGCCGAACUGAUUGGGGAAUACUAUCAUCACAAGUUCGGAUUGGACUUCCGCUGCCUGCGAUUCCCGGGAGUCAUCUCCAGCGAUCCACCAGGAGGCGGUACAACCGACUACGCCGUGGCCAUCUUUUUCGAUGCGCUCAAAUCCGGAAAGUACGAAUGCUACCUCAAACCGGACACCCGACUGCCAAUGAUGUACAUCGAGGAUUGUUUGCGGGCCCUGCACGAAUUCAUGAUAGCACCGGAAGAGAAGCUGAAGCGUCGAGUCUACAACGUUACGGCCAUGUCCUUUACGCCUGAGGAACUAGUCGAUCAGCUAGCUGCAUAUAUCCCGCAACUACACGUGAGCUACAGUCCCGAUAGUCGCCAGGCCAUCGCCGACUCCUGGCCCCAGGUCUUUGAUGAUUCCGAAGCCCGCCAGGACUGGGGCUGGCAACCGAAGUAUGACCUCAAGAAGCUAGUUGACCUCAUGAUCCACGACGUGCGAGAAAAUUACAUCAACAAGGGUCGCAGCAGUGUGUGAAAUAAAACCUAACUUUCAACCAUUCGGGAAACAGUUCAUAUAA